AUGGAUUGUGCUGUUGAUAAGCUCGCUUCAGAACUUUCCAAUUCAAGAAUUAAACCCGAGUCGGCCACCUCCUCCAAGGAUCAAGGUUCAUUUGACAUCUCUCUGGAGGGGGCAAAAUAUGGCGAGGUUGUCACCAGAUUUCCACCAGAGCCAUCUGGAUAUCUUCACAUUGGCCAUGCAAAAGCCGCUUUGCUCAACGAGUAUUUUGCUAGAAUGUACGGGGGAAAGCUAAUCAUUCGAUUUGAUGACACAAAUCCGCUCAAAGAAAAGAUGGAAUUCGAAACGUCCAUCAUUGAAGAUUUAGCUCUUCUAGGCGUGCGAGGAGACAUUCUUUCCUACACAUCAGACUACUUUGACCAGCUCAUCGAAUUUGCUUUUAAAUUGAUAGACCAUGGGCUUGCUUACGCAGACGAUACCCCUCAAGAAACCAUGCGCCAAGGCAGAUUUUCUGGCAUUGCCUCUGCAAGAAGAGAGACCUCCGCUGACGAAAGCAAGGCCAUUUUUGAGAGGAUGAUUCGCGGCGACGAUGAUGCACAAGUAUUUUGCAUUCGUGCGAAAAUGAGCGUUGAUUCUCCAAAUAAGGCCUUGCGCGAUCCGGUUAUUUAUCGCUGCUGCGUUGAAAUGCCCCAUCAUCGCACCGGUAGCAAGUACAAGGUGUAUCCCACGUAUGACUUUGCAUGCCCCAUAGUCGAUUCUAUUGAAGGAGUCACCCAUGCUCUUCGAACAAAUGAGUAUCACGACCGAAACGACCAGUAUUAUUGGUUCAUCCAAGCACUUGGCCUACGCCGCCCCUUUAUUUGGGACUAUUCAAGGCUGAAUUUCGUUUACACUCUUCUUUCGAAACGAAAGCUAAAUUUGUUUGUAAACUCUGGAAUUGUAUCUGGAUGGGAUGACCCUAGGUUCCCCACCGUAAGGGGCAUUCUUAGAAGAGGGCUGACGCUUUCUGCGUUGAAGCAUUACAUCCUUAUGCAGGGUGCAUCUAAAAAUUCGCUUCUUCUGGAAUGGGACAAACUUUGGGCCAUAAACAAAAAGGUUAUCGACCCCAUGGCUCAUCGAUACACCGCGCUUACUGAUCCCGUCAGCUUGAUCAUCGAAGAUGGCCCCUUGGAUCCCCAAAACAAAGAGAUCAAUCUGCACCCAAAAAACCCGGAAUUUGGCACCAAAAACGUCUGCUUUUCAUCAAAUCUUCUGAUAUCUCAUCAGGAUGCCAAGGACCUUUCGGUUGGGGAAGAGAUCACUCUCAUGAAAUGGGGGAAUUUAAUCGUUACCAGAGUUGCUGAAAAUACCUCGGACUCGUGUGAUGGCAAACUUUGUAUUUUUGCAAAGCUCAACCUUGAUGGCAGCGUGAAAGAUACCAAAAAGAAAAUCACUUGGAUCUCCAAAUCACCAUGUCUUGCCUCCAUCCAAUUACUUGACUACGAUUUUCUCAUCACGAAGAAGAAGCUCGAAGAGAAUGAUAAGCUGGAAGACUUUAUCACGCCAAAAUCCGAGUUUGUAAUGGAAGCUGUUGGUGAGCCCGCAAUGUCGCUUCUCAAGGUUGGAGAUAUCAUUCAAUUGGAACGGCUUGGCUUCUACAUUGUCGACUCGCAUUCUGAAGAUGCUGCCGGCAAUACUUUAAGGCUUAUCUUUAUCCCCGAUGGCAAGGUCAAAACGGUUUCUUCCAAAGCAACUGGAAAUUAA